AUCUUUUAGAAGAAUUUGAGGUAGUACCGUAGUAGUCAUACUUGUCAGUCACCGGCUCAACUCACUAGUGAGUAGUGACGAGCUCACUGCCACCUGCGUACCCGAAUCCCGAUAAACAUCUAUCCAGAAAAUGGGAAGUUGAACACAACGAAACCAGCCACCCAAAUAUUUUGUCACCAAUUCACCAUUUACAACAACAUAGUUGGAGAGUGAAAGAGCAGAUCUAGAGAAUGGAGACUCUUUCAAGAGGAAGCUGCCCACUUUUUAUGAACAGCUUCCUAUUUGCCAGAAAUCCAAAUUCAAAUCAAAGUAGUUGCACUAUAUUGUUUCCCAAAUCCUCUUCACUCAGAAGUCCCACUGUUUCAGUCCUCAAAUCCCCUUCUUCAGCAACUGAACGUGCUGAGGAAGAUGUUUCGCAAGAAUUUUUCCGGGAUAGACAGUUGAAGGGAGAUCUUAUAACAAAGUAUUCAGAUAUUUUAUUCCAGAAGGGUGUAAUGGGACUCAUUGAUGAUGAAACCGCCAAUGUAGAAUAUAGUUCCGAAUCAGCGGAGGAGGCUUUGGCUGAUGAGCCUGAUGCAGGCUUUCUGAAAUUGACGUCAACUCAAGAGUGGUUGAUGGGUGAAACUUCUGCACCAAUCAAUAGGAAGCCAACCAAUAAGGAAUUACAGGACAACAGGGAAAGAAGAAGGAGGCUCGAGUUCCUUAGAUAUGAAGCUCUUAAGAGGGAACUGCAGUUCAUGACUCUGGGGGUAGGAGCCGCCUGUACUGGAUAUUGCUUAUUUAUUUUCUCAAUCCAGGCAGCAGUGAGCUAUGCCUCUGGAGUCGGAUUCAGUUGCUUAUAUCUGCAACUAUUGUAUCAGCAUGCGGAUAACAUAUCCCAGGAUUCAGUACCACAUAUAUUCCGAGAAAAGAAAAUAAAGAAAAUUGGGAUACGAAGUGAGGAUUUGAAAGAUUCACUAGAAAAAACAGUCAGAGGUUGUGGGAUUGCACUUUCGUCUCCAAGACUUGUAAUCCCUGCAGCAAUAUAUGGGAUAUGGGUCCUCCUUCACCAGACUUUUGCUACUGAUCUCUUUGAUUUCCAGAUUGUUCCUGCGAUGCUGGGAUUGUUUGCAUACAAAGCUGCUGCACUCGUACAAGUAUAUAGAGAUAACGAAGAUUUAGAAUUCAUCUUUCCAGAUGAGUAAAGCUCCCAAGGCAUUGAACAUUGUAUUAUUUAUUUUUCUCCAGGUUUGAAAGCUAUGGAUGAUAAUAAACUAAUAUAAUGAAACUGAAAUUUCAGUGCUGGAGGCUGUUGUACAGUUUAUCUUGGUCAAUAAUCCUACAAACUGCACUAUAGGUUGAUGUAUUUUAGGGGGCAUACAUAGUACGGAGAUCCAUCUUUUUUUUUACCUUUGUAGUACACUUGAGACUACAUUUUUGUCUAAACUAUACUCUUACUCAUAUAUAUCAGUCACAUGUUCAUAAUC